AUGAUCUCGCAGGAAGACGAGGUGAGAUGGAUCGUUGAUCGCGCGUGCGGAAUGAUGGCGAAGACCCUCGUUGGACGGCUGUGCCGUAAUUACCACGGUCCGGGAAUUGAGAUCUUGAGAGGGGCGAGUUGGCUCGCGAUGAAUAUGGAGGAAAAUCCUCAGGUGGAAAAGGAGACGGAGGAUCUAGAAGACCCCUGUCGUCGAUAUCAGAAAGAUCCCGGCUGCGGGCACGUCUUUGGGUUUCAAAGUCAGUUCUGUCGCCGCCGGGGGGUGAUGGGCUUCGAGUACGCCUCCGUUUGGAUGAUGGCGUUGGGGAGAAGUCGCGUUGUCUGCCAGGUCGACCUCCAAAUUGCUUGCGAGGUGGCCGACGAGAAUGCUGCUUGGGUUGUGGGAAACGACGGGGAGGCGAAACAGAAGACUUUCUACCGUGCAAUUUCCUGGGGUUUCCGUCUCUCGAAAAUUGCCGCUGCCAACGUGGUUCACGAGGUGGGCGAUCAGGACGUGGCCCUUGGUCAAAAGACGUCGAUUUUUCUCCUCCUGGAUGACCCGAGUGUGGUGAAUGAGGUCGGCCGCCUGGUCGAUUUGCGUCUCUGUCCCGCUGUCGCUGGGGUGGAUGUCUCUGGCGCGGAUCCUCUUCGCCUCGCCAGCGAUUCUUCAUCGAUGGGCUCCUUCGAGACCUCGCCAUGUAAUGCGGAGCGGCAUUUGCGAAGGUGUCGGGUGGGGAGAUUCGAGGGUUUGGGGGAGAGUAAUGGUCGUAGCGAUGGUGGUCGUGAGACAGUGGAUUUGGAUGUUGGGUGA